UCUUACAUAUAACGUGUGUAUAAGAUGACUCGUUAUUUAUUUUUUUAAAAGUAUAAAAAGGUUGGGAUUUCAUGUAGCCUGCAUUUCAGGAGGAUCCAUCCACCAGACAUAUCACCAUGAAGUAUCUCUUGCUGCUCGUCGUUGCUGUCUUCGCAGUCAGUUCAGUGUCUGCUCGCGGCAAAUGGCCACGACCAUGCAAAGGUAAGUGGUGCGGUGGCUAUAGAGGCGGCUACGGUGAUGGGGGCUACGGAGGUGGAUAUGGAGGUGGCGACGGAGGCUACGGAGGGGGAUAUGGAGGCGGAUACGGAGGUGGUGCCGGAGGAUACGGAGGUGGCGCCGGACGAUACGGAGGUGGCAGCGGAGGAUACGGAGGCGGAGGAUACGGACACGGUGGUGGAAAGAAAUAUGAAGGAUAUAGUGUUGGCAUGUCCAGUGGUUAUGGUGGUUACGGUAGCGGAUUUGGUGGUUUCAGCGGUGGAAUGAACGGUGGAUAUAUGGGAGGAUACGGUGGAUUUUCCGUUGGAAAGAAAUUCGGCGGCGUUGGCGGCUAUGGAGGUGGUGCUGGAGGAUUCGGUGGCGGUUAUGGUGGUGGUCUUGGAGGAUACGGUGGCGGUUAUGGUAGUGGAGCUGGGGGAUACGGUGGUGGAUAUGGUGGUGGAUACGGCGGAAUCGGUGGUGGCGGUUAUGGAAGUUAUGGUGGAAGAGGCCGAUACUGCAAAUGCGCUCCACGAUGCAACAAAUGGCAGAAGUUUGUCGGCCGAUGCCCAUGGUGCAAGAAAGGCUGCAAGCUGGUGUUCUGCUGCAAUCGCGGUAAAAUGUAAACUCUUACUAUGAGGUACAGACAACUAACGGAUUUCUGAUGACCCCAUUGUACAUUUUGUGAUUUGACAUAUAUUAAAGUACUUUGAAAUUACAAU